GCAUAUUACGUAACAGAGGUGUUACAGAGGAGGCGCGCGGAUAUGCAGGUGUCAGUCGGUAACGUGACUAAAAUAUACACGCAGUUCGAAAAUGCAAUCAGACAUCCUCACUUUGGAAACGUUUUCUGAUCCGAUUACCUCGUCAACUAUAAACCCACCCAGUGGAACCCGCGUGUGAGCGAGAGGCCGCUUUAAUGAAGACCCCCCCAAAUGGCUGCACAGGUGAAAGUGAAGAACCUGUUGACUGAUGCCUAUCAUGUCAUUGGCUGUGGCUACAAGACCCUGCUGACCAUGUCCAUGGCACCAAAGUCCAGUGAAGGAACCUCCUCCACACUGAAGCUUGUGAAGAACAGACAGAGGACCUCUGUUACGCAUGAGCAUCUUGAGAGAGAGGAAGAUUCUUGUUGGACUUGACACUGACAGCAGAACUGACAAGGCUGAAGAAAGCAACAAACGCUUACACCACCUGCUGAUUCACUAGAGCUGCUAAUCAGAGAUGAUGAGUUGGGAUCAGCUGUACUCUUUGCUUGGGGGUGUAAACAAACACUCAACCAGCUUGGGGAAGAUAUGGCUCUCAGUCCUCUUUAUUUUUCGCAUUAUGAUCCUGGUGGUAGCAGUUGAAAGCGUCUGGGGGGAUGAGCAGUCGGACUUCACAUGCAACACUUUACAACCAGGGUGCAAGAAUGUCUGCUAUGAUCAUUACUUUCCCAUCUCUCAUAUUCGUCUGUGGUGCCUUCAGCUCAUCUUUGUGUCUACUCCGGCUCUCCUAGUAGCUAUGCAUGCGGCCCACAGCAAGAAGGAACAGAAGAAGGACAUCAUUAAGACUAUGGGAGAUAAGGCUGAUGAGGACCUAGAGAUGCUCAAGAAAAAAAGGCUUCCAAUUACAGGCUCAUUAUGGUGGACUUACACUGUAAGCCUCUUUUUCAGGCUGGCAUUUGAAGGGGCUUUCAUCUAUGUUUUUUACUUGUUGUACAGUGGAUUCCAGAUGCCCCGCCUGGUAAAGUGUGAUGCAUGGCCAUGUCCUAAUGUGGUGGAUUGCUUCAUUUCACGACCCACAGAGAAAACCGUGUUUACCAUUUUCAUGAUUAGUGCCGCUGCACUCUGCAUGGUCCUCAAUGUGGCAGAAAUGUGCUAUUUGGUGGUUAAAGCCCUAGUACGCUGUUGCAAGUGCUCCCAGCAGGGGGUCAGUGCUCACCAGCUGCCCAAUGGUAUGGAGUACCAGCAGAACAAGGAGAAGGGGCAGCUGCUUUCUGAGGCCUCUUCUAGCAAAGACAGCUCCAUGGACAAGUUUGCAUAGCACUGCUAUAACACAAAAAGUUGGAUUCACCAUUUUUCUGAUGUGUUAUCACAUAAAAACAGAAUUUAACGACUUUUCUUUCUCCAUGCUUACAAAUGGACAGCUAAAUGAAAAACUGACAUUCAUCAAAAUUUUGAAUUAAGAAUAGUUUCCAUGUACAUGAACCAAAGUGUAAUUUAAGAUGGUUUAAUUUAGGAGGACAAAGGGACAGUUUAAAUUAUGUACCAGACAGUAAUAUUUAUGAAAGUGUUUAGAAAUAAAAACCUGAAAACACAAUAAA